AUGUCGGCGAAUAAUGCAACCCGGCGCUUUAUCGGUGGUUGGCGGCGUACGUUCUCCGUCAAGACACCUCUGAAGAAACCCCCCACCAGCAAAGCGGCCAACGCCGUCACAUCCGGACAGGCUUCAAGAUGGACUGGUGCUUCAGUAUUUGCUCUGGCAGCAACUACGGGAAUUGUGGGAUAUGGUCUAGCUACCUUUGCAUCGGAUGGCUCUCUGGGGACACGUACCACAUCACUUUAUGAUUGCAAGUCACCAGUGCCCAAGUAUGCCUCCGUGAAGGAAAUGGAGACUGCGUUAGAUGAGAUACGGUCAGAGUUAAAGGCCCUCGGAGAAGAUGACGAUAUCAUUAGUAUCGAUACUGAGGACUUACAUGCACAUGGCUACUCAGAAUGGUCUACGGUUAACCCUGACGGGCUUCCCGUAGCCGUUGUAUAUCCACGAUCAACGGAACAGGUGUCGGUAAUUGCUCGCAUCUGCCACAAAUACCGAAUCCCUCUUAUUGGGUAUUCGGGGGGUUCUAGUCUGGAAGGACAUUUCUCAGCUCCUUACGGUGGCAUCAGCGUAGACUUUGCCUACAUGGGCAAAAUCUUGCAACUCAAUAAAGAAGAUAUGGAUAUUGUCGUUCAACCAAGUAUUGGGUGGCAAGAUCUUAAUGAACAGCUCAAGAAAUGGAACAGUGGGCUCUUUUUCCCUGUAGAUCCUGGCCCGAGUGCCAAGAUCGGUGGAAUGAUAGGAACCAAUUGUUCAGGUACCAAUGCAGUCAAAUAUGGAACGAUGAAAGAUUGGGUUAUUAACCUCACCGUCGUAUUGGCCGAUGGAACAAUCAUUAAGACAAGGCGGCGUCCAAGAAAAAGCUCAGCCGGAUACAACCUCAACGGGAUGUUUGUAGGCAGUGAAGGCACGCUUGGCCUGGUUACAGAAGCUACCCUCAAACUCGCCAUCGUACCCGAAGAGACUUCGGUGGCUGUCGUCAGCUUCCCCACCAUCCGCGAUGCCGCAUCCGCCGCAGCGGGCGUUAUGCAGGCGGGUAUCCCCGUGGCCUGCAUGGAGGUCAUGGAUGACGUCCAGAUGAAAGUGGUGAACCUUGGGGGUGCGACAGCCCCCAAAGUAUGGAAGGAGGCGCCGACGUUGUUUUUCAAGUUCGCCGGGACGAAGGCGAGCGUCCAGGACAACAUCAAGCAGGUCGAGACCAUCACGAAAGCUAACCUGGGAAGCAACUUCGAAUUCGCCAAGAGCGAGAGCGAACAGAAGCUUUUGUGGUCGGCGCGGAAAGAGUCGUUGUGGUCGAUGUUGGCUCUCCGAAAAGGAGGCGAGCAAAUCAGCAAGAAAGAGAUGGACGAGAUGGGGCUCUUCGCCUCGAUCCUGGGACACAUCGGCGACGGCAACUUCCACGAGAGCAUCAUGUACGACCGCACCAACCCGGCCGAGGUCGAAAAGGUCGAGAUGUGCGUCAAGAACAUGGUCAACCGCGCGCUCGACAUGGAGGGCACGUGUACUGGCGAACACUCCAUCGGGUGGGGGAAGAAGGCCUCGCUGCUCCGCGAGGUGGGACCUGAUACCGUGGGGGUGAUGAUGCAGAUCAAGAAGGCGCUGGAUCCGCUCUGGAUCUUGAACCCGGGGAAGAUCUUUGAUGUGACUCCCGACUGGAAAGACUGGGAGAGCCUGACUAUCCGAAUCUCAUCCCUUCCCCAGCUAGUCACAACUCUUGACCUAGCUUCGCAUUUCCAGCGGUACGGCAAAAUUUAUUUUAUUGAGAUUUACGAGCCCAGGAAGGACACUGCCAUACUCCGCUUUGUGCCUCCCCCAUCUGCACCAUGCUGGAAUGAUCGGGUAGUUAUGAAAAUCGGUGGACAAGAGUACAAUGUCACGGUCAUGCUGCUACCACACAAACCUCCACAGAACGUUCUCACGCCCGGAGGACGUAUUUUCUCCCCAAAGUUGAAGAUUGAACCUCAAAGGCUCCAGUUUGGCCUGCUUUCCCAACCUGAUGAGUUUAUGACGAUGAGAACCAUACGGAACAGACAAUGUGAUGAUUUCCAGUUCUUGUUGGAUCUAAAGUCGAGGGCAAUUGAGCUAGAUUUUCCAUGUGUCGUCGAUGACCCUCGCCGAGCCGACUCCAUGCUUCAACACCCGUCGCCAAUCGGGGAACUUGAAGACAUAAUAUCACUUUUAGUGUUUCAGGAAGAUAUAUCAACGUUCUCUGUGCUGAUUCCGCUCCAAAGCCCCCCAAUCUUCUUCAAAAGAGGCGAUAGUAAAGAAACACACUCCGAGGAAAGAGCUGUAUGGAUGGAGCGGUUUCUAUGGAAUCGGUCUGUGAGCGUCAUGUACGACACGGCAUGGUUCAAGCAUGACAGUGCUUCCCUCCAUACGAAACACCGCUUUAUCGAUAUUGGAAGAUGGACGACAUACAAAGCCACAUUUGCGUUGACAAAUUCUAAUUUGUCGAUGUGGGAGGUGAUGAGGAAGGCGUUGGAAGAUUUCAACAUUCCGGCUCGAGACGUUGCUAUUGAUAGCUUUCGCACGGUCCCGGCGACUAUGUCAGAGUUUUGGAAUACACUGGAACCGAAAGCAAGUAGAGGGAAUGUCGCACUCCUCGCCGCAACUGAAGAAAUUCGCCUUCCAUAUGAAGUGCGAUACCAGCUCGAAGUUUGCAUCUCUCAAGGGUAUUUCGAUGAGGUCAACCUCAGCAAUGACUUUCUUCGCAAACUCGCCGAACUCUCUAGAACACGUAAGAAGAAGAGGAACCGCGCAAAUGAUCUCCUUACCUACGUUGCCGAAUCGGGAGGUCCGGAUUUGAAUAAUGAUUAUAAUCUUUUCCCUAAGCGAUUUUACGAUCCCAUGGCACUUUUUGAGGAUAGGAAGGCCUUGACAUAUUACCCAGAGCUUGGAGCUCCGUCUCAUUGUGCCUGGGUUAGGAAGGUCGUCAUAACGCCUUCCACAAUGUAUCUGAGUACUCCUAACCCAGAGCCUUCAAACCGGGUACUACGACAAUUCGCUCGAUAUUCUGAUCGGUUUUUGCGAGUUCAAUUUACCGAUGAGCUUGUAAAAGGCAAGAUAUUCUCGUCGCCUGAGAGUUCACAGUCAAACGCUCUGUUCAAUAGAAUAUUUCGCGCGUUCAUAAAUGGGAUUGAUAUUGGUGGUCGCCACUUUGAGUUCCUUGCCUUUGGUAAUUCUCAGUUCAGGGAAAAUGGAGCCUACUUCUUUGCACCUACGGACCAUAUCGACUGCAACCAGAUUCGUGCCUGGAUGGGGGACUUUGCACACAUCAGGGUUGUAGCCAAGCAUUCAGCCCGACUAGGUCAAUGCUUUUCUACAACCAGAGCAGUGACCGAUAGCCCUAUUAGCCAGAGUGUCGAAGAAAUAGAUGAUAUUUAUAGGAAUGGUUGGUGUUUCACAGAUGGCGUCGGGAAGAUCUCCCCACAACUAGCUGAAUAUGUUGCCAAACCUCUCCGCCUGAAGAAAGGAUUUCUCCCCUCGGCGUUUCAAUUUCGGCUCGGUGGUAGCAAGGGUUUGCUGGUUUGCUGGCCUGAUAUGAAGUUCAACAAAGUCAGCCUACGACCAUCUCAGAAAAAAUUCAACGCUCAAUCCUCCCAUUUAGAGAUUGUUAAACCCUCUUGCUUCUCGGUGGCCACACUAAACCGCCAAACAAUUACUAUUCUUAGCUGCCUGGGCAUUCCUGAUGAGGCAUUCUUGCGGAUGCAACAUGAACAAUUAAUAGAAUACGACCAAGCAUUGAUGGACCCGAUGACAGCCAUGCGUCUCUUGACCAGGUUUGUCGAUCAGAAUGGGAUUACUACAAAGGUCGCCCAAAUGAUUAGUGAUGGUUUCAUGAGUACUAGGGAGCCUUUUUUCAUGUGCAUUCUUCAGGUGUGGCGGGCAUGGUCGUUACGACUACUUCGCGAGAAAGCCCGUAUCGUGGUUGAAAAGGGCGCCUUUGUGUUUGGCUGUGUCGACGAGACUGAUACGCUUCGAGGUUAUUACGAACCAAAAGUUGUCUUCAAUAAAGAGGGGUUGCCAGCCCAAGCCUCAAAGCAGGAGCUUCCCCAGAUAUUCCUUCAAGUGCCAAGACCAGGAUUAUCUCCAGACAACUUGAACAGCUAUGAAGUUAUUACGGGACUUUGCGUUGUGGGCCGCAACCCGUCCUUGCACCCUGGUGACAUACGUGUUGUUGAGGCUGUAGAUGUCCCUGCGCUCCAACACCUGCGUAAUGUUGUUGUCUUCCCAGCCAGUGGAGACCGUGAUAUCCCAUCCAUGUGCUCAGGCGGCGAUCUGGAUGGUGAUGAUUUCUUUGUUAUCUGGGAUCCUUCUCUGAUACCGCCGGAGCGAAACCAUCCCCCUAUGAUACACGAGCCAGCACAGCCAGAGGAACUUACUCGGGAUGUGCGGCCGAGUGACCUCGUCGCAUUUUUUGUUGCUUACAUGAAGAACGAUUCACUCAGUACCAUUGCCCACGCACAUUUAGCGCAGGCAGAUAGACUUGAUGGAGGUCCAAAACACCCGACAUGUGUGGAACUAGCCCAUCUGCAUUCUAACGCCGUCGACUACCCAAAGUCAGGCCAGCCUGCGCGCCUCAAAGCAUCACUGCGUCCAAGGGACUAUCCACACUUCAUGGAAAAGUCAGGGAAGUCAUAUUACUCUAGGAAAAUCCUCGGACAACUCUACGACGUUGUCCACAAACCAGAGUUCCAUCCACACUUCAACGGCGCAUUUGAUGAACGUAUCCUUCGACGGUUUGCAAUUACGGAUGACGUGCUGAGGAAAGCUAGGAUUAUCAAGGCGCAGCAUGACAGGGCACUCAAGAAGAUCAUGAACCAGCGCGAGAUCAACACCGAAUUCGAGAUAUGGAGUACUUUUGUGCUGGCAAAACCUCGUGUGGGCAGCGAGUACCGGAUGCAGGAAACAUUGGGCCCAAUCAUCGCUGGUCAUUUUGAGAGGUUCAGAAACGCAUGCAUUCGCGUGGCAGGUUCGCGGGAGCCAGAUGUUCUGUAUCCCUUCAUCGCGGCUGCUUAUCGCGUUACAUGGGAAGCAGUUCAGGUGGCGCUCUACAAUGCAAAUCCCCAUUUUGGCGAUUUAGCUCUCGACCAGUCGAUGCCAUUUAUAAGCUUUCCCUGGGUCUUUGACCAGGAGCUUGGUCCCUCCUCCUCUCACCCCUCCUCUAAUUCCACAUUAUCCGACAACAUGGCCGACAUCCAGGAGCUGCUCAAGAAGAAGUUUGGCGGUGCCGCCCCUGCCCGAACUGGUAUGUCCCGUCUUGUCCCGUCUUUGCUAUCAUACCAUUCGAUCCGACACCGGCAACGUGAACCGCAAGGCUGA